AUGGCACCAGCAAGCAACAAGAGGAUAAAGACACUUUCGAUAAGUCGUCCUAUAAUAUAUGGAAACACAGCAGAACCAUUUGGUGAAAAAAGACCUCCAAAUUGUCCAGAUGAACACACACAUAACUGGACAGUCUUUGUAAGAGGACCAAAUGGGGAAGAUUUAUCAUAUUUUAUUAAAAAAGUAGUGUUCAAAUUACAUGAUACUUAUAAUAAUCCAACAAGAUCAAUUGAAUCACCACCUUUCCAAGUUACAGAAACUGGUUGGGGUGAAUUUGAAAUUGGUAUCAAGAUAUAUUUUGUUAAUGAAGCUAAUGAGAAAAACAUUUCAUUAUAUCAUCAUUUAAGACUUCAUCCAUAUGGAUUCCCACCAGAUGCUGUACUGACUGAUAAAGAUAGAAAUGUUAGAAGUGUACAAUAUGAUGAAAUUGUAUUUAAUGAACCAACUGAACAAUUAUUUGAAAUCAUGACACAAAAACCUGGUAAUAGACUACCCGAAUUGAAAAAACAAUCUGAAUUUAGUAGAGAAGUUGAGUACGAAGAAAUUGCAAGAUUAGAAAAUGGUAUAAAACAAGUUAAUGGUGAGAUUGACAUUUUGAAAGAACAAAUUCAGGAUUUUCAAAACUUAAAAUCUGAAAAGGCAUAA